ACACUUUUGGUUUCCUUCUUAUUUGUCUCGAGUUCUCAAGCUUCGUUUCGAUUUGAGCACCUCCGUGAUCCCAAAGGCUCUGGCAAUGGAUUCCACGGCUCGUUCGAGGGUUUCAUCGUUCGAUCAAACCGAGAUCAAUUGGGACAAGCUCGACAAAACUAAGCUGUAUGUUGUAGGAGCUGGCCUCUUUACUGGUGUCACUGUGGCCUUGUAUCCAAUCUCUGUCAUAAAGACCCGAAUUCAGGUUGCUUCAAAAGAAAUAGCACAACAAAGUGCCUUCUCAACUUUCAAAAACAUUCUAAAGGUAGAUGGCAUCCCUGGUCUGUACAGAGGAUUUGGCACUGUUAUUACUGGGGCAAUUCCUGCCAGGAUCAUUUUCCUCACUUCUCUGGAGACUACAAAAGCAGCUUCGCUCAAGAUCGUUGAACCCUUCAAAUUGUCAGAGCCAGUGCAGGCAGCUAUAGCAAAUGGCAUGGGAGGUCUGUUGGCUUCUAUUUCUUCUCAGGCUGUAUUUGUUCCUAUUGAUGUGGUCAGCCAAAAGUUGAUGGUGCAAGGAUACUCCGGUUAUACAAAGUAUAAUGGUGGGCUGGAUGUUGCUCGUAAACUUAUUAAAUCUGAUGGUGUUCGAGGGUUAUAUAGGGGAUUUGGCCUGUCGGUAAUGACCUAUUCCCCAUCAAGUGCUGUAUGGUGGGCAAGCUAUGGCUCUAGCCAACGUAUAAUCUGGCGAUUCCUAGGCCAUGCCGGCGAUCACCAAGAAACUGUUCCUAGCCAGUGGAAAAUUGUUGGUGUUCAAGCUACUGGAGGAAUUGUGGCUGGUGCUGUGGCAUCUUGUAUAACUACUCCUCUUGACACAAUCAAGACUCGGCUGCAGGUUAUGGAUCAUGACAAGCCAAGACAGAAUGCGAGGGAAGUUGUUAAGAGAUUGAUUGCUGAAGAUGGCUGGAAAGGUUUCUACAGAGGGCUUGGCCCUAGGUUCCUCAGCAUGUCUAUGUGGGGCACCACAAUGAUAGUAUCAUAUGAAUAUUUGAAGCGCUUGUGUGCUAAAGCUGAAUGAGACCUGAAAUUCUAUGUUCACUUUCAAAUCGGAAUGAUAUUACAACUCCGAUAUGUACAAUUAAAUCAGUUCAUCCAUUUUCAAGAACACUAGUGUAUCAAAAUUUAUCAGCUGAUACAAGAAGAAAGUGAUGUGGUUGCUGAAGUGGUUAAUUGGAUCCAUUGGCUUUCUGAAGCUCCUUGUUGUCACUGACUCACUAGCCUACUGAUUCUUUUGAUUUAAACCAAGUUUUGGUUUCACAAUUAAUUCCUCCAUUUUGCGCAUGGAGUUUCCCUUGGGAGGAAUUAUAGGGAAUAUACAAUUUCUGUUUUGCAGACUGAAUUGUAGGAUAUUCUUUUCUUAGCAUUUCAUACU